GGAGUCCCUAGCGAACAGGGCGUGGAAGCGGGUCCUGAAGUGGCCUCCUCCUACUGCCCUCCGCUUGCCCACGCGGGACCCGGAGCCCAGCGGCAGCGGCGGUCCUUGGGCCUGUGGAGAGGGGUUCUCUGUGGCCCAGUCCUGGGCCUGCGGAACCGGGAGGUGCGGGAGAGGCGCUUGGGCCUAGCCCAGCCCCAGCCCCAGCCCCAGCCCCUGUCUCCCCGCGGCCGGUGCCGGCGGCUGUAGGCCUCGCCGCGCCCACCCAGCCUGGGGCGGGCCCAGCCUCACCGCCCGGCCCGCCCCCGCCCCCCGGGCCAGCUCCGCGCCGGGUGUUUCCGCUACUCUCCCUGCGGCGGGGUAACCGCCUCGCACCUCCCGGGCUCGGUUCUCUGGCUCCGGCCGCGGGGGGAGCAUGGAGUUUGCGGAGCUGAUUAAGACCCCGCGGGUGGACAAUGUGGUGCUGCACCGGCCUUUCUACCCGGCUGUCGAGGGCACCCUGUGCCUGACGGGCCACCACUUGAUCCUGUCCUCCCGGCAGGACAACACGGAGGAGCUGUGGCUCCUCCAUUCAAACAUCGACGCCAUCGACAAGCGAUUUGUGGGAUCACUGGGUACCAUCAUCAUAAAAUGUAAAGAUUUUCGAAUUAUUCAGUUGGAUAUUCCUGGAAUGGAGGAAUGCUUGAAUAUAGCCAGUUCCAUUGAGGCAUUGUCUACUCUGGACUCCAUCACUCUGAUGUACCCUUUCUUUUACCGUCCUAUGUUUGAAGUGAUAGAAGAUGGCUGGCAUUCCUUCCUUCCUGAGCAAGAAUUUGAACUCUUUUCCUCAGCUACCAGUGAAUGGAGGCUAAGCUAUGUCAAUAAGGAAUUUGCUGUCUGUCCCUCUUACCCACCAAUUGUCACAGUGCCCAAAUCCAUUGAUGAUGAAACUCUUCGGAAGGUAGCUACAUUUCGACAUGGAGGGCGCUUCCCAGUACUAAGCUAUUAUCACAAAAAAAAUGGGAUGGUAAUUAUGCGAAGUGGUCAGCCACUCACUGGCACAAAUGGGAGGAGGUGCAAGGAAGACGAAAAGCUGAUAAAUGCUACCCUCAGGGCUGGAAAGCGUGGCUACAUCAUUGACACCCGAUCCCUGAACGUGGCUCAGCAAGCUAGAGCCAAAGGAGGUGGCUUUGAACAAGAAGCUCAUUAUCCCCAGUGGAGGCGAAUUCAUAAGUCCAUUGAGAGGUAUCACAUUCUUCAGGAGAGCUUAAUCAAACUUGUGGAAGCUUGUAAUGACCAAACACAUAACAUGGACCGAUGGCUCAGUAAGUUGGAGGCCUCUAACUGGCUGACUCACAUCAAAGAGAUUCUGACAACUGCCUGCCUAGCGGCUCAGUGCAUCGACAGGGAAGGAGCAUCAAUAUUGAUUCACGGAACAGAAGGAACUGAUUCCACACUCCAGGUGACCUCCCUGGCCCAGAUCAUCUUGGAGCCAAGAAGCAGGACCAUUCGUGGUUUUGAGGCCCUGAUUGAAAGAGAGUGGCUGCAGGCUGGUCACCCGUUCCAGCAGCGCUGUGCACAGUCAGCCUACUGUAACACCAAGCAGAAGUGGGAGGCUCCUGUAUUUCUUCUCUUCUUGGACUGCGUGUGGCAGAUCCUUCGUCAGUUUCCCUGCUCUUUUGAAUUUAAUGAGAAUUUCCUCAUCAUGCUCUUUGAGCAUGCCUAUGCCUCACAGUUUGGAACAUUUCUGGGCAACAACGAAAGUGAAAGAUGUAAGUUGAAGCUACAGCAGAAGACAAUGUCUUUGUGGUCCUGGGUCAAUCAGCCCAGUGAGCUGAGUAAAUUCACCAAUCCCCUCUUUGAAGCCAACAACCUUGUCAUCUGGCCUUCAGUUGCUCCGCAGAGUCUUCCGCUGUGGGAAGGUAUUUUCCUACGUUGGAAUAGAUCCUCUAAGUAUUUGGAUGAAGCAUAUGAAGAAAUGGUUAACAUCAUUGAAUAUAAUAAAGAAUUACAAGCAAAAGUCAAUAUCCUUAGAAGGCAGUUGGCAGAACUGGAAACAGAGGACGGGAUGCAGGAGAGUCCCUGAAAGGUCUCCUCGCACCCUUCGCAAGGACCUUCCUGGGCCUGUGUCCGCCGUUCUCUCCUUGUGCCCUUCAGUUCACUUUUACACGGUAGCCUUGAAGUGAGGGCUUUAGAUGUGGGACCCCUCUAAUGUAAUGGAUUUCUUAAUACUGUAUGAAUAAUGAAACUUACUAUCAUAAACCAUGUUUCAUGUGGCCUGUUAGGGCCUGUCACUUUGGGAGCCGGAAGGAGGUGCUAGUCAUUUUAUUUUUACGUGAAAUAGAUGACCUAUUUAAUGCCAUUUGUGUUUCAUGCCAUUUUAUCCAAAGCUUUUUCUCUGUGUCCACUCUCCAAACAGCAUUCUAGAGCAGUCAAGGACACAGCUAAUCUCUCUAGGGACUGUUUGGUGGUUUAAAAAAAGGGUCAGACUUUUAAACACUCUGACCAUAGAAAUGUUUUUCAAAAUGGCAACAAUGGAUAAACCAAGGAUUUUGUGUUUAACAAGCCAUUUCCAGUGUCUUUGCCACAUAAAAUAGCCAUUUUCUUUAAAAUAGUUUUGGACUAACGAAGCUGAAAUCUAUUCUGUCUUGUUUGUCAAGAAAGGAAAAUCUGUUAUUCAAGGUAAAUUAUUUCUACGAGGGCAACAGGUAUGGUCCUCCGAUAUUUACAUUAGGAAGAGUUAAAUUUAUUUUAACGUAGACACUAAAAGUAUGUGCAAUAUAGAAUUAAAGUAGGAAUUUGUUACUGAUUGAGAAUUGUUACUGGUGAAUUGGUUUUCAGGUUUUGAGCAUACAUAUACAAUGUGUAUCAAAUGCUGGUUGUAAAAUUAAACCAUCAUCUAGAAUAGAGUUAAUUUGUUAUAAUCAAGCUACAAAUAGGUUUUCUUAAACCAGAGAUGCACUGCCCUUGUCUAAAGUUCUUAUUGCACUGGUUUAUAUGUGUAUGUGUGUUUUAUUGUGUGUUUUUUUAAUUUGUAAGUAUUCUAAGAGUUUACUAAUACUAAGGUUAAAAUUUUCAUGUUGACCUGAGCCUUUUGCAAAUUUGUUUUGGCUCUAUUGAUUGGUCCAUUAUGUGUUAGGCAAAUAUAACUUAAGUAGAGGGGGAAGUUUAUGAAUAUAAUAUAGCUCUGUGUUUUAAACCUCAGAAACAGAUUUGAGUGUUUCAGUGUUAUAGAAACAGUGAUGACUAUUCAUGCUCUGCUAGUCUAUGCCUGCAACUCCAAAUGUUUGUGGUUCAGUAUUUCCCACCUACACUUCUGGUUGAUGACAUUGCUCAUUUUAACAAAUACGACCAAUUCUAGUUUUUCUUUAAAAGGAUAGUUUAUGAGUAAUCUUUAAAACCAUUUCCAUACCAUCUGUAUAUAACCAUUUCGGUAGAGAACACACUACACUGAACCCUGCUUUAGAGCUGUGUGUUGAGCUAAAAAUAUAAUUUUUUUAAAAUCGACUAGCAAAAUCUAUGGCCACACUGAGAAGCCUUUGAAAAUGGCAAAUACUUUUCAUCACCAGUUGCCCAGUUCAUCUUUCUUCUGCUUCCUCAGCCUUGUAGUAAAGGCUACACAGCAGCCCACAGUCCACAGUCUUUUUGGGAAAAUUUGCCUGCCGCCUUCUUUAAGCUUAGUUUAUCUUUGACUUACUUUCUUUGCUGUAGUUAUGAACCUUGGGGCAUUAAAAUCCCAUGGCAAGGAGCAUAAGAGAUGUUCUCGUAGCUCUGCAUUGUGUGAAAUGUCCAUCUUAGUUUUGUUAAAAAAAAAAAAAAAAGGAAACAGCCUCACUUUUUUGUGGUCCCUCAGAAUUGCUUGCUAUGUCUGUUAAUACAGCUGACCUUUUUGUUUUCUUCUCUUUUUGUCUGAAGAUUGUGUAUGAAGGAGCCUUUUCUUCUCAGCUAACAGGCGUAUAAGGAAAACCAUCUAGAGAGUUUUCUUUAGAAGUGACUCCCAUUAGCCUGGUGUGGUGGUGUGUGCCUAUAGUCCCAACCACUAGGGAAGCCGAGGCAGAAGGAUCCCUUGAGCCUAGGAGGUUGAGGCUGCAGUGAGCUAUGAUUGCAUCAGUCCACUCCAGCCUGAGCAACAGAGCGAGACCCUGUGUCUAAGUAAAGAAAAAGCCAGAAGUGAGUCCCACUGCUUCUGUUGAUCGGCCAUAGGGCUUCCAUGGGUGGAAACUUGCGAGGGAGUUUGUAUUAGGUCUGGUCAUGGAGAGAUUGUGUGCCAUCAAGGUAGACCUGUCUUCCUGAUGCACAUUUGCUGUGUGAGCCAGAGUACAGUCAUAGCACGGUAUUCGCAUUUCGUUUUCUCUGUCUUACUGAGACAACAAUCUAUACUGUUUUGGUAAGUUUGCAUUUUAGUAUUAAUUUAUAAUUAGGGAUUGUUCAAACUUCAGAUCUGUUUACAGGUUGUAAAAAUAAACUUCGGUAUCAGUGCAUCUACAAAAGUGUUAUUUGGUAAUCCAAAUAUUAGAGUUUUCCCAAAUCCAAAAACUGUCAAAAAUAAGUCCAUUAUCAAUAUAAUUUGAAGAGGAUUUUUAGUAGUACUGUUAAGUUCGUGCUUUCUUGGAUGAGAAGAAUAAAUGACACGGAUACACUGCUGAGAAGACGCUCGUUAAACAUUGCGUUGGAGAGUUGCCUUUGAUAAAUGUGGUAUUAAACACUUGAAUGAAGAGAAUGGUGGCAGAAUGAGUGAGCAAGCAGAUUGCCCCAGAGGGGCCAGUAAUAAUCACAUGAGGGAUAAUCAGAUUCCUGCGUAUUCAGCAUCUUCUCUAUUCAUGUGGAGUGAAAGCUGGUUUUUAUAUGGGAGAUACAUAAAGUAGGCCCGCAAAGAGUAUUUUUAAAAUACAAAGGAUCACAACAAUCCUCUGUCGAACAUAUAAGCAUCCUCAGAUUUAAAUAAGUACUUUUUUUUUUUUUUAAUCAGAAGAACAUUGUUGGUUGAUUAUAUGUUUUUAAAAACCUGAAGCUUUUUUGGUGGCAGGACCUUUCAAUAAAUAUUUAUUUGGUCAAAAUUUUUUAUUUUGAUUUAUUAAAUGGGAAGAAAGCAAGCAGAAAUAGUAAAAUUCAGUAGGUUUAAAACAAUCUAUAAAUGUAUUUUAUUUCCAAGGAAACUUAGGGUCUCAGAGCAAGAUUUUAAAGUGAUUUUUGAGAAGACUUGGGGGGACAAUAAUAGACAUUCAUGUCAAAUCCCAUAUGGGGGAUUUUUAAACAUUUCUUUGCACUUUGAGGCCUGAUUUAGAGGUAGAAUUUUAUUGCUUUUUGUUUUAAAGGAUGAAAUUUUGUGGGAUUUUAGUCUUUGAUUCCGUCAGUAUUUGGUUUAUGUUAAAUAAAAAAUCAGUAUCAUGGAAAAGAUAUGACCAUAAUUUAGUCUCCUCAAGUGAAAAACAGGAGUAAUGUUUAGUUGCACUUUGAAAAAUCUGCUUCAAGGCAUAACCCUUGUAGUUGUCUGGUUUCAGGGAUAGCUGUUUGAAUUGUCAGUCUAAAGUAGGUCAUCAGGUUCACUUAUUAUCAGACCUUAAUCUGGGAUAAAGGUUUUGGUAUUUGCCCACUUCUAGAUAGAAUGAAUGAAAACGACACAAGGGUUUUAUGAGCAGUCUUUAUCAGAAAGGUAUUUCCUGGACCAAAAAUGGGCAAUAGUUACAAUAGUUGAUCCUACGUUCUGGAAGCUUUGAAAUUUAUCAGAGAAUGAAGUCAUUUAGUACAUCUGAUAAAGUGUUUUGUUGUUGUUGUUGUCGUUGUUUUAAUUGGGCAACCCUCAGAACUGAAGAGGUUCAGAGAACUUUCCAGGUUUAUACUAUACCUCAAGACCACAUAGAUUAGCUACUGCUUAUACUUUCACAUGGGCUAGGCCUGUUCUCCUCCUCCAGACCUAGUAUUCUAAGUUAUUACCACGUAGUAUUUUUAUGUUACCCGUCAUCUUUAAAAACAUUAUAGGCCGGGCGCGGUGGCUCACGCCUGUAAUCCCAGCACUUUGGGAGGCCGAGGUGUGCGGAUCAUGAGGUCAGGAGAUCGAGACCAUCCUGGCUAACACGGUGAAACCCCGUUUCUACUAAAAAUACAAAAAAUUAGCUGGGCGUGGUGGCGGGCGCCUGUAGUCCCAGCUACUCGGGAGGCUGAGGCAGGAGAAUGGUGUGAACCCAGGAGGCAGAGCUUGCAGUGAGCCGAGAUCGCACCACUGCACUCCAGCCUGGGCGAAAGAGUGAGACUCCAUCUCAAAAAAAAAAAAAAAAAAUCAUUAUGACUCUUUUCUCCAUUUACAUUUAUUCUCAGAUGAUAAAAUAUAUACUGAUACUAUAACUUUCUCAUAGUAUCAGUUUUCUUUAUUUUCUUAAAUAAAAUUACUUCUACCUUCACUUGGUCUUUAUAAUCCACUGUCCACAGCAUCUUCCUUUAAACCAAUAGUCCCAGAAGAGACCCUCUGAAAUUCUAGGACUGAGUAUUAAAAUGCCUGAACGUGUUAUCUAAACCCUUUUUAAGAAACUUAAUGUCCUAGCUCUUGAACUACACUGUGGAACAGUAAUUUGUGCCCAAUUUAGUGGAAGAUAAUGAGGCUCACUGUAAACACUACAUUGUCCUGCAAAGUAAUUCUGAUAGUUUACUGACUUCUAGAGCCAUUCUCUUUAACCGUCUGCAGGUCUAAGGAUUAACUAUAUUUGUGAUUUGUAAUAAAACUGAGUUGUACAACACUGCCUGUGUUUGUCUGGCCAAGACAUUUGCUUCACUUUUUAAAUGCACGUUAUCUUUGGAGAGGUCAAUUAUUCUACAAAAUACACCCUAAAUCUCAUUGUUUAAAACCUUAUUGAUCUAAUACCAUCUACACAAAAAAAUGUUGUACUUGCAGAACUUAGUUUAUAAAAACAAAGAAUGUGUAUUUCUUCAAUAGCCGGGUAUUUGGAUUGUUCUCUUGAUAUAUUUGAAUGUGACUCUUGGAUUUAAGUGCACUAUUAUUCAUGGCUUACACAAUAAAAUUGCACUGUAUGGCAAAUGUGUCUAUAAUGUAUGCUUUGCUGAAACCCCAAGAGUGCUGCAAGGUACAGGUUUCCAUAUUGUUAACCUGUCUACACACACACACAUAUACAUAUAGUCUUAGGGGAAAAAAAAGCAGAACUUUUGUAAGUCUGUGUCACAUUUUAAUAUUGUUUGUAAUACUCACUAAGUGAUAAUUUCUCCUGUACCCUAUAACUGUAAUCAUUCACCUUGGGUUGGCCGGUUUGUCAAGCUUGGUUUACUGAAUCAAGAAACAGUCUUGUCGAAUGUGGUACUGUUCUUAGUUUGUAAUAUUUGUGUAUGGUGUUCCUCUGCCUCAGAGGACAGUUGCACAGAUGGCUAAUGUUAAAUUUCUAUAGACGAUGGUAAUAAAAUUUGAAUAUAUUUAAGUGCUAAUAAAUUAAAUCUGUGGGCUUAUUUUAAUUUUUUUCAAAUAUUGGUGAAGGUUUGGAUGGUGUUUCAGUUAAAUCUAUGUAUUUUUUACCUUACAUUUUGAAAAAAUUGAGAUCUGCAAAAAGACUGCAAAAUAGUACACUGAUCUCCCUAGAUUGUUCCUAGAUUGAAUGAUUGGUAAAAUUUUCCACAUUUGCUUUAAUACCACGUGUGUGUGUUUGUGUCUGUGUGUGUGUGACACUGUUAUUUUGCUGAAACAUCUGAGUUAGCUGCAGACAUUGUGACCCUUUCUUCUAAAUACUUCACAGGAAUCUCCCAAGAAUUAGGAGUAUGUAUUCUACAUAUUAUUGAUUUAGUAUGUAUUAAUACAUACAGAUGACUCAAUGAGGGUAAAAGGAAAGCUCUUUCUUAGAGUAGAAUGCCAGCUAUUAAAUGUAGGAAGAAAAUGGAAUUAGAAAGCCAGUAUUUGGCAAAUUAUUACCGUAAUCAUUGACUUAGGCAAUGCCCAACAGUGAAUGGCAAAACCAGCAGUUGAAAGUUUGUGAAGAACAGAAUAUAAUCUCCAAAUAGCCUUCCACAAAAUACUUACAAGUUACAAAGGAGAAAAUACUAACUUUAUAGUGAAAGGAACUGGUAGAUACCACCUUAUCUCAGGAAAAGUUAACAUCAUUAGUAAUGGGACAUAUCAACAUCAUGUGCCUUCUGAUAUGGUCCAUCCAGAAACAGUACCACUGUUGGAGGGAAAAGCAGUCUUAGGAGUUUUAUAGUUUAAAAUCUUACAUUUAGAUCUUAAUACAUUCUGCAUUAAUUUUUGUAUACCGUGUAAGGUAAGGGCCCAAUUUCAGUCUUUUGCAUAUGGAUAUUCAGUUUUUGCCAACACUUUGUUGAAGAGACUGUCCUUUUCCCAUUGUGUGGUCUUGGUAUCCUUGUUGAAGAUUAUUUGACCGUAUACAUAUUCAUUUCUAUGCACUCUAUUCUGUUCCAUGUGUCUAUAGGUUAAUCCUUGGAAGGCUUAGGCGGGAGGAUCAUAUAGGGCCAGGAGUUUGAAACCAGCAUGGGAAACAUAACAAGACCCUGUCGCUACAAAAAAUAAAAAAAUUAGCCAGGCAUGAUGGUGCUCAUCUGCAGUCCUUGCUAGUCAGAGGCUGGAGUGGGAGGACCACUUGAGCCCAGGAGUUCCAGGAUACGGUGAGCUAUGAUCAUGCCAUUGCAUGCCAGCCUGGAUAACAGAGCCAGACUCUGACUUAAAAAAAAGAAAGAAAGCAGAUCACUUAUUUUGUAUUUAGGUUUGUCUGAUGUUAACAUUGAAAAGUAACUGAAUAUAUAGACAACUACAUCCUUCAAUAAUUAUAAUAAUAAACCCUAGGAAAGGGUGAAAGUCUAACUCCCAUAGCACAUUAUAAUAUUGAGAUGUUAUAAUAAAAAUAUCACAAAGCAUGCAAACAAAUGAGAAAUCUGGCUCAUUCACAGGAAUAAAAUUAAUUGAAAGGAACUAUCCUUAAGGAAUCCCAGACUUUGGACUUACUAGACAAAGACUAAACAAUUGUCUUAAAUAUGCUCAAAGAGUUAAAAGACAACUAAAUGAAAUCAGAGAAAUGAUGUUUGAACAAAAUGAGAAUAUCAAUAAAAAUAUAAAAAUUAUAAAAAGGAACCAGGUAGAAAUUUUGUAGCUGAAAAGUGCAACAACUGAGAUGAAAAAUUCACUAGAAGGGUUCAAUAGGAUUUUGUUUGUUUGUUGUUUUUUGCUUUUUUUUUUCCGAGACAGAAUCUUGCUGUCGCACAGGCUGCAGUGCAGUGGCAUGAGCUCAGCUCACUGCAACAUCCGCCUUCUGGGUUCAAGCAAUUCUCCUGCAUCAGCCACCCAAGUAGCUGAGAUUACAGGUGCAUGCCAGCACACCCAGCUGAUUUUUAUAUUUUUAGGAGAGACGAGGUUUCACCAUGUUGGCCAGGCUGGUCUCAAACUCCUGACCUCGUGAUCCACCCACCUCGGCCUAACAAAAUGCUGGGAUUGCAGGCAUGAGCCACCACGCUCAGCCUUCAGUAGAGUUUUUGAUUAGGCAGAAGAAAGGAUCAGCAAAUUUGAAGAUAGAAUUAUUGAAAUUAUCCAGUCUGAGGAGCAUAAAGAAAAAGAAUAAAAAUAGUGAAUAGACUUAAAGACUUGUAGGAUACCAUCAAGUGGACCAGCAUAUGGUUUAUGAGAGUCCUAGAAAAAAGCAAAAAAGUAUUUUAAAAAUAAGGGAAUGAAAACAUCCCAGAUUUGAUGAAAGACAUAAGUCUAGAAAUCCAAGAAGCCUCUACAACAACCUCUAAUACCAGAAACUCAAAGAGAUUCAUACCAAGACACAUUAUAUGAAAACUACCAAAAAUCACAAAGAAUCUUGAAAGUAGCAAAAGAGAAUCAACUCAUCACAUUACAAGGGAUCCUAAAUGAGAUUAUCAACUAAUUUUUAAUUAGAAUUUAUGGAGGCCAGAAGACAAUGGGAUGAUAUACUUUAAAUGUUGAGAGAAAAUAACCUGUCAACUGAGAAUUACAUAUCCAGCAAAACUGUCCUCCAAAAAAUAAGAGAAAAAUUAAGACAUGUCUAGAUUUUUAAAAAGCUUAGGGAGCUUGUUACUGUGAGAUAUGCCUGACAGGAAAUGCUAAAGGGAGUCCUUCAGUGAGAUGAAAGAACACUAGACAGUAAUGAACCCAUGUGAAGAAAGAAAUAUCUCCACGACAGAUAAAUUCUAGGGCAAAUAUAAAAACCAGUAUUAUUAUAACUUUAGUUUAUAACAUCAGUUUUUAUUUUCCAUAGGAAUUAAAACACAAAAACAUAAAAAAGCAAUUACAAAUCUAUGUUAGGGAGCUUGUUACCAGUAGAUUUGCCAUACAAGAAAUGCUAAAGGGAGUCCUUGAAGGUGAAAUGAAAGGAUGGUAGACAGUAACUCAAACCUGAGUGAAGAAGUAAAUAUUUCUGGUUGCUGUGGUUUGAAUGUCCCCUCUAAAAUGCAUGUUGAAAUUUAAUUGCCAUUGUGAUGGUAUUAAGAGGUAGAACCUUUAAGAGAUGAUUAGGUCAUAAGGGCUCUGCCCUCAUGUAUGGAUUAAUGCCAUUAUCAUGGGAGUGAGUUAUCAUGGGAGUGGGUUCCUGAUAAAAAAGAUUCUGAAAUUCAGCCCUGAUCCUUUUCUGUCUCGCACACUCUCUUGUCCUUCCACCUUUUGCCAGGGAUGAGGCAAAACAAAGGCCCUCACCAGAUGCUGGCACCAUGCUCUUGGACUUCCCAGCUUCCAGAGCCUUGAGCCAGAUAAACUUCUUUAUGAAUUAUCCAUUCGGUGGUACUCUGUUAUAGUAGCAGAAAAAUGGACUAAGACACUGGUAAAGUAAAUACAAUGGCAAACAUUAAAAAAAAAAAACAGUAUUAUUGUAAUUUUGGCUUGUAACUCCACUUUUUAUUUUCUAAGGAAUUAAAAGACAAAAGCACAAAAAUAAAUCUGUUAUUGAGCACUCAAUGUAUAAAGAUUUGGGACACCAAUAACAAAGGAUGUGGGACAGAGCUGUAUAGGCAUAUGUUUUUCUAUACUAUUAAAGUUAACUUGGAAUCAGUUUAGAUUAGACUGUUUAAACUUUAGGUUGUUAUGUGUAAUGCUUAUGGUAACCACAAGGAAAAUAUCUAUGGAAAACAAGAAGAAA